AAAAUCCUUGCCGCCAACGAGGUUGUUGUUCAGGUUGGCCAGCAACAUGCGCGUGGCUUGGAUUGAGGUGGGCAGGUACCUGACGACGACAGAGCUCGUGUGGCUCAGCCUGUGCUCCAAGGAGCUGCAUGGGCAUGUCGCUGCACUGGCGUUAAUCUUGUUGAAGGAAUCACCGUCCUUGGCAUUCCUUGCACAGUCGCCAGAGCCGACUUGGCCCAAGCUUCGUCGUCCACCCACGCUCAUGUGGCUCCGAUGCGUAGAGCUCCAGUACAUCAAAUCGAUCUUGCUCUAUGCUAUGCCGCUGUCUAAUGACCCUGCCGAAGCUACGACGUCUGCGGCUGUGGUGUUGCUGGCCAAGUCUUUCGUCCUCGGGUGCAAAAAGCAAUGUGUGAAGGCCGACAAGCUCUUGAAACAAGGACCGAAGGCGUACAAGUCCAUGGUACAAAACCCAAAGUCCACUGUCAAAGUGCUGAGCGCACUCGAUACGGUUGUCGAGCGCGACAUCCCAGACAUGUCGGACAGUCUGACGUGUGCCCACUCGAGACUACGUCCCCUUUCCCUUUCGAAUGGUCAUGGGAAGCGCAUGGUGCUUCCGCUCUCGCAAUGGAAGAAACUGUUUCCGUACUUCCCCCGACCCGUCUACGGUCUCGGGCUCAGCGCCAUCGAAUGCAACCGGUGCGUUGCCACCGCCGAAGCAGACGCCGACGCAGCCAACGUCCAAAAGACCGAACGGCUCUUGACCCACGCCUCGACUUCGACCCUUCUCGACCUGCUCCACCGAAAACAGCACUAUCCUCCAGCUCUCUUCAGUCCCGAGACUACCACAUUCUACCUCGUGCCACUGAAAUGGUCCAAAGCAUGGAGAGCAUUCGCAAAAUCCAACCACCCCAAGCCCCCUGGUCCGAUAGUGAACGGCGGCCUGCUCUGCGCACGGCACAAGCGGCCAGUGGUGCCCACGUCGGUUGAUCUGUUCUUGUCAGGGGUAACGACGUCGCUCACUCCUCCAAAUGGUUCCAUUCCUGGACUCUCGACGAAGCACCCGCUGUACGAAAUUGUGACUGCCGCCGAGUGGGAAGAUCUCACAGAUCAGUACUGUGCCGACCUGAGCGUGGGGUUCGCAGUUGUGCACGGCGCUGUGCACUGGCAGUCGCUGCCAUGCCAAAUGUGCGCGGAGCCCGUCGAGUCGUCACGGCGCACCAACCAGCAAAACCAUCAACCUUACAACCAUCAUGUCUCGCUGUAAUCGAACGAAGGAUGAGUGCGACGUGUUAUUUGGCGCUUUCCCGACAUGGAUGCUCCAACUACGCGUCGUCGUCGUCAUCGGCCAUGUCAUCGUCUUGAAUCGACUGAAGGGCCCACGCGGUGGCGUCAUCUCGGAUGUUAGCCGGCACGAGCUGAUGCUGCCAGUUGGAUUCUUCGCACAGCCAGCUCAGUUCGAGUUCGAAUGGGUGCUUGACUUCGUCGUGCAGGACAUUCAAACUAGACAGCGAGUCAGGCAUCGGCAACAAUGGGGAGGGCGACUUACAUUUUGGCGAUGUAUUUGAUAGCUUCGCGACAGGUCAGGUCAAAGAGUUUGUACUUUUCAAUCUCAGUCUUGGCCGCUUGCUCGCCUUUCCCCAUGGCC